AUGAAUUUUCAGGUAGCCGACUUCGGUCUAGCUCGGAAACUUAUGGAAGAAGAUAUUUACGAAGCGCGGACAGGCGCGAAGUUCCCCAUCAAAUGGACAGCUCCAGAAGCAGCCACGUGCGGCAACUUCACUGUUAAGAGUGAUGUUUGGUCGUACGGUAUUCUCCUAUAUGAAAUUAUGACCAAAGGACAAGUGCCUUACCCUGGUGAGUUAACUUUUUUCAAAACGUUCCUGCUGUGCGGCACUACAGCUGAGAAAUCCCCCUCAAAUUAUCUUUUUGCUCUGAGUGGUCCCUUCGGACACGCAUAUAGCACCAUUCCAUCUUAUUAG